GGUUUGCAGUUUUUGUUUACCUUUGGUAACCUUAGUUCCAUGUGUUUUAUUCAUGCUUUGUUUUGAUAUUCAUGAUAAUGUUUUUCUUUCAUCAGAUAUUAAUGAUUGUAUGUCUGAUCCAUGUAAGAAUGGAGGCACAUGUACGGAUGGACCUAAUUCCUUCACAUGUGACUGUGCAAUGACAGGAUUUACAGGAGACACAUGUGAAAUAAAUAUUAAUGAUUGUAUGUCUGAUCCAUGUAAGAAUGGAGGCACAUGUACGGAUGGACCUAAUUCCUUCACAUGUGACUGUGCAAUGACAGGAUUUACAGGAGACACAUGUGAAAUAAAUAUUAAUGAUUGUAUGUCUGAUCCAUGUAAGAAUGGAGGCACAUGUACGGAUGGACCUAAUUCCUUCACAUGUGACUGUGCAAUGACAGGAUUUACAGGAGACACAUGUGAAAUAAAUAUUAAUGAUUGUAUGUCUGAUCCAUGUAAGAAUGGAGGCACAUGUACGGAUGGACCUAAUUCCUUCACAUGUGACUGUGCAAUGACAGGAUUUACAGGAGACACAUGUGAAAUAAAUAUUAAUGAUUGUAUGUCUGAUCCAUGUAAGAAUGGAGGCACAUGUACGGAUGGACCUAAUUCCUUCACAUGUGACUGUGCAAUGACAGGAUUUACAGGAGACACAUGUGAAAUAAAUAUUAAUGAUUGUAUGUCUGAUCCAUGUAAGAAUGGAGGCACAUGUACGGAUGGACCUAAUUCCUUCACAUGUGACUGUGCAAUGACAGGAUUUACAGGAGACACAUGUGAAAUAAAUAUUAAUGAUUGUAUGUCUGAUCCAUGUAAGAAUGGAGGCACAUGUACGGAUGGACCUAAUUCCUUCACAUGUGACUGUGCAAUGACAGGAUUUACAGGAGACACAUGUGAAAUAAAUAUUAAUGAUUGUAUGUCUGAUCCAUGUAAGAAUGGAGGCACAUGUACGGAUGGACCUAAUUCCUUCACAUGUGACUGUGCAAUGACAGGAUUUACAGGAGACACAUGUGAAAUAAAUAUUAAUGAUUGUAUGUCUGAUCCAUGUAAGAAUGGAGGCACAUGUACGGAUGGACCUAAUUCCUUCACAUGUGACUGUGCAAUGACAGGAUUUACAGGAGACACAUGUGAAAUAAGUAUGUUCAUACUAGCCUUUGCAUUGUGACUUAAACAGAAAUGCAAUGGCUUUGUAGACUUUCAAAGCAGAAUGUAGUUUGAAUGAAAUUGUAUGAAACACUUCACAUUCCUAUACAAAGAGGUCACAAUUACACAUUAUUCUGCUAUGUUUUGACAGUAUACCAAUAAUACGAUAAAACUUUUAUUUAUUUUAGAAUGUUAUACAUAGAUGGAGUUCAUGAAUUCUGGGU